UACAAAGAGGAGAAACAGCUGCUAAAGCAAAAUGUCUUCAGUGCCUGAUGGAAAGAAACUCGUCCGGAGCCCCAGCGGUCUUCGCAUGGUGCCGGAAAACGGUGCCUUUAACAGCCCCUUCUCCCUGGACGAGCCGCAGUGGGUCCCGGAUAAAGAGUGCCCGAGAUGUAUGCAGUGUGACACCAAGUUCGACUUCAUCAGAAGAAAGCAUCACUGCCGGCGGUGCGGCCGGUGCUUCUGCGAUAAGUGCUGCAGUAAGAAGGUGGUGCUGCCCCGCAUGUGUUUCGUGGACCCGGUGCGGCAGUGCGCCGAGUGCAGCCUGGUCUCCCAGAAAGAGAUGGAGUUCUACGACAAGCAGCUCAAGGUGCUUCUGGGAGGUGGAACCUUCGUCGUCACUCUGGGAACGUCAGAGAAGUCUGAAACUAUGACGUGUCGCCUCUCCAACAACCACAGGUAUCUGUUCCUGGACGGUGAAAGCCACUUCGAGGUGGAGCUGUCUCGGAUCUCCAGCAUGCAGAUUCUGACCGACGGGACGAGUCCAGGAGGAGGGACGUCGCGGGCCAGCGGCAUGCUGCUCCACUACAAGCCGAUGGGCUCCCAGGACGUCCAGCAGCUCCGCAUGGAGGCAGCAGACGACAAGAAGGUGGCCUCGUUAUGGUUGGCUGCAAUGCACAAGGCGGCCAAGCUGCUGUAUGAAGCCCGGGACCAGUGACGUGCAGGCAGUCUGCAAGGCGAACCUCCAGGCAGCACACACCCAAGUGUUUUCUCCCCCGUCUCACCGGGGUUUGGUAUCGUUUGGAUUUUAUUAACGCCAGUUCUGAUUCUGCUUCUCCGUCUGAUUCCUCAUCGGUUCUUGAUACCAGUUCUUAUCAUGGCAAUUUCUGCAAGAAAUGUUUAUACGAAAACACUUUAUUACCUCUAUAACCAGUACUUUGUACAUCGUGUUUACCACAAAUAGGCUGAUUGUUCUUCUUACGAUUAUUUUUUUACGUUUUACGUCUCUCAGAGUUCUUAAUCCUCUUUGAGUUAAUCCAUAAAUCAGGGCGUGCAGCAUUAAUGUUUCCACAGCAGCAGGAGAAGCUUUCCAACACGAGUUCGUAUCUGCUGAUUUCAGGCUUCAUUCUCACAGCCGAGAAUCGUUUUGAUUGAGUUUUUUUUUUUUUUUUGUAGCCGUGUGAUCCUGCGAAUUCUUACAGUUUGUAUUUUGGCACAGAAGCUGAACUUUGACAUGAUAACAUCCAUGAAAUGUGACAUCAAACCUUCACAAACAGUUUUUCAUAAUUCAGACGUGUAGUUCAGCUUCAGACGGAAGCACAGUUGUUUUCGUGGCAACACAAUAAUUUUAUACGCUGCUGUUUAGUUCUUUUAUGUCAGCGAGGAUUUUAUUUCCUGGGAGAAGUGAUGAGACACUUUACGGGUCCCUGCAGGGAUCAUUUUACGUAUCGUCCAAGUACGAUUGAGCCGGUUUGAACCCAGAGCUUCCCGACAGAGCUUUGUGUCCCACAAGUUAAAGGACAAAUCCACCAUCAGACCCUUUAACGCCGAUAGAAAAGCAGCUAUGUGUGAUGUGCUUUGCAUUUCAGGGCUUUGUUCGCUUGUGUUUUAGUUGAUCCCAGAGACGCUUAAAAUCGGCGUGAGUGGUUUCUAUCCGGGUGUUUCACUGCACGCCACACAAGCGAGGAGGCACAGAGGGCGUUUUAUACAGGAGCUGGAGCAGGAAAUGGACCGGAAUAAGUGCAAGGCAGUCUGGGAAGUGUAGGAAGAGGCAGGUUUCAUGAUGGAACAAUUCCUGAAAUGCAAAGAACAUCACAGAUUUAUUCACAACUUAAACAACAGUGUUGGAUUUGUCCUUUAAGAGGGCUGCCGUCGUUCUUCUGGUUCUUCUCUUUAAAUGAACAACUCUGCUCUCUGCAUCAAGUAUUUACACAUUCAGAUCUUUAGGCGUCGGCGUCUAAGGGAAGUACAGACUAUUCACUGGUUCCAGUGGAGCAUUGACACACACAGACAUAAAGAAAUGCUUUAAAUGUAGUUUCAUGUAUUGAAGUUUUGUAUAAGCUAUUUUGUUAACUAUUCCUACUUUUAUCACGAGGUGUGUGCGUACUCACAUGACUUUUCGAAGCUGAAGUAUGAAUAUAGUUUUUGUAACAUUUGUAAACAGUAAUUCCUUUUAUUCUCUAUAACAGAGUCUGUUUUCCUUUUUCUUUUCUUUUUCCUGGUUAUCUUUGUCCAGAGAUGUGAAAUCACCUCCCUCCCUCAGUGCCGUUCGGCCCUGUUGAGUCGGGGGGGUUUGUCAGUUUGGUCGUUAGCUGUGCUUCCGAGGACCUGCUCGAAACGAGACGUUAGUUUGACCCGAGGUGGUGAAAGUGUUGAAUAAGCAAAUAUCUGGCCCGAUCCCCUUUUUGCUGGGUUAAAAAGGUUUCUGGAAGCGGGCCCUGCUUUGCUGCUUCACAUUAAAAGCAUUAAAUGAAGCUUUAACUUUGUACACAUCGUGCUAACUGAGCGAAGACGCGGGUGAGACGAGUCUUUGAGGAAACACCUUCAGACCGGCAGUGAUGUGAUGUUAAGAUUUUAGAUUUUUCCUAAGAACAAAUGGUGAACGCCGUGAGGUGAAGUUAAUGGUAGCACAAGAGGCACAAACUGGGGUUUAAAGUCAGAUUUCUUUUUAGCGUUUCCAAACCGUAAUUUGUCCCUGACGUAAACAUGUGAUGUCAGCAGAGUCACAUGUGACACUGUGACGUCACUUUAACAGAUUUUACUCCACAAAUCCCUCAUUUUCCUUCCAGCUCUCUUGAUAAGUCUUGAAACUUUCAGCUGUUUCGAGCUAGGAGAAAAAUUGAGGGAAUUUGUGACACCGUUAUUGUUGUUUGUUUUUUUUUUUAAAACAAAAUGAAGACGUGCAUCUUAAACUCACUUGUUUUUUAGCUGAAGCAUGAAGUGUAUUUGUGAAUUUAAGUGUGAAUAUAAGAUGGGAAGACGCGUAAACUGAGUGUUGUGAUGCAAAAAUCUCACCUCAUCAUGCUCUUACUGGCUUUUUCUGGAGCUUUCAGCCGCACCUCACCGUCUUCGUUCGCUCAGUUGCUAUCAGGUGACUGCAGUAGGAACCUGUGGUCACAAGGACGUCAUAUAUGAGACGUAUGUGUGAUGAAAGCGCCACAAAAAAAAGCCAGUAAGUGGACCUUGAGGUAAGACGUUUCUGUCAAAACGCUUUGCAUGGAUAACCUUAAAUCUGUCGCAAUUCUAAAUGCACAGUUGCAUUUUAACACUAUUUGCUAUAUUUAGCUGAAAUUACCAAGUUUCAUCGGCUCCACAGUAAUGAGCAUUUUUAAAAUCUUGCUGCCGUUCGUGUGUCUUCCCUAUUAAGCUUGAAGAAAGAACUUCAGGCGACUUAAUGGAGCACAGAAACGGUCGAUCGUUGAACUUUGUCGGCCUUUUUACCUUUUGUCCUGAAAUUUGUGUCGUAUCCAAUGAAAACAACGUUCACCACCUCCACUUUGUGACAUAAAGUUUAUUUUUAUAUGCUGCUCACCUAAGAGUUAAAAUGAUGAGUUGUCGGCUUUUCAGAACAGAGAAGCAGGAAGACGGUGAGGUUCUGUGUUAAAAGACGUCUUGAUGUUGUCUCACUGGUGUUCAUGUAUGUUCACAAGCUUUUCCAGUUUUUCCAGCAACACUGAUCUUCCAUUGUAGAGCUGUUUGUGAUGAAGACAGGUGAGAACGGCUGCACAGUUAGUUGUUAGCUGUGUAUCCAUCACUGAGAUGCAUCAUCCCUUCAGGUGAAGUCUGAAAAUCUAAAUCACGGCAGUGAAGGUAGCAGUUGCAUUCAUUCAAAAUUAUUAAAUUGGAAGUUUUUAAUCAUAAAAACAAACUACCAGAAUGCAGCAUCUUCCAGGUUUGAUAAAAAGUUCACAAUUAUGUUGCAGAUUUCUGCAUUUAAUUCAACAUAUUUCAGUUACUUUUUCUUCCAGUGCUGUUUAAAACGUCUAAAAAUUGCUGUUAUUGUAAUGUUUAUAAUUGUUUAUUAAUUCUAAUAAAGUGAUUUUAGGAAUGAGUGAAUCUGAGAGGAUGUUGGAUUGACUGUGCAGCCCUCUCAGGCUGUCCUCAGUGAUAAGAUGAUGAGUAUCUGUUGUAAGUUUGCACCACCUGUAACGUGACCACGUCAGGAGUCAGCCAGUGUUUGUACCUGCACCUUAUUCCCACCCUGAUUUUAUCCCUCCGCUUCAUUUAUUACAAUGAAAGUGCUACUCGACACCCUUUGUUGGAUUAUUCUGUUGA